AUGGUUGAGGCGCUGCCGAACCUGGAACACAUGCGUAUAGAUGGUGCACUCAAGGUCACCGACCGCACGCUUUCAGCAUUACUCCAUUGCGAUGACAUACAAGUGAUAACCCUGACUACGACCCGCGAUCGGCCAAACACAUUGAAGAAGGAGACGCUGGAGGAUGGACCAUGGCUCCCACAGCUGAAAUUUCUCGAGCUAAGCGGCCAGAAGCUGCCCGGGGAUAUUAUCGACUAUUUCGAGUAUUGGACUAGCGAAAAUAGAAGUGCGCAACUUGGAGCGAGCCUAGAGAUCGUCGACAACUUCAGACCAUGUCACAUUUUCUGGCGUGACGGGUUCCCGCGGUGGAUCAAGGACUGGGAGUUUGAGCAGUACGGGGCAUGGGAUCCCGAUUUCGACGAGAUGUAG